ACCCUAUGAGCAAUGAAAAUUUUUUAAAUAUUGCUAUUUUUUGGUAAUAUUUAAAAACAUUUUACAAAUGUUAUUUAAAGAUAUUAUUUUUAGUAAUAUUCUUGUAAUAUUACAACAAUCCUAUGACAAUAUUAAGAAAUAUAUUUUUUAAAUAAUUGAGAGUAAAUAUUUAACAAUAUUAGCCAAUGUUUUGUUUCAUUUUUCUACUGUCUAUGUUAAAUUAAUAUUUCUGAAUAUUAUUAAAUGUUGGACAAACACUUAUUUACAAUAAAAAUAGAAGAUAUACACGUGUAUAGCUGUAGAUGUCCAAAUUCGAAUUAUUAUUAUCUCAUCAAACUAUUGGUGAGUGUCGAUGGCAAAUAAGGGAGUGAAUGAAUUGAAGGAAAUGCUGGAGCUGGACGCGAAUGGGGAUUAUUAGUUAAUGGGAGUGACGCCACUGCCAACGCGCAUGCGCUCAUCAUAAAUUCUUGCAACUGUUGUGUUUGUUGUGUUGCUAUUGUUUUCACCUGCCCAGGAGUUGACCCGAGAAUUUUACGUAAAAUUCUUCAAGCUCUUUGAGACCGCGUUGACUUAGAAGUGGAAGUCGCACCUUUAGAAACAAAUUUUUCACGGCAGCCAAAUGAGUGCUCUGGACAAAAUCGACAGGCUUAAAAAUCACAACCAAAGAAUACUUAACACCUCAGACGACGACAGGCCACGAAUUAGAAUCGUCAAUAAAAGGCUGUUUAACGGAGAUUUUGAGAUCCCUUCAAGAAAGAAGCGUGCUCAAGUCAACGAGACUGAUUUAUUAGGCUUCGCUUCAAGCUCAAAGGAUAAGGAAACUGAAAAUUCUGCUCCAUUCCACGCAGCCGAAACCUUCUUCACUCAGGAAGAGUUGAUUGAAGGCACAGAUUUUCUCGCGAAAGGAUUAAAUCCACCAAAGGAAAACCAAAACACUGCAAUUUCCGCUGUCCCUGUUGAGAUAACCUCCGCUGAUGCUCGUCGCGUUCCUGGAAAAACUAUCGCAACAAGGAAUAUUUUGAAAGAUAUCUCUGGAGCUCAAAGCCAUGAUCCUGUUCCUACUGGAGAUAGUGAACCCAGCUUUCUUGUGCCAGCUAGCACUUAUCUGGCACUAGCUGAUGCCGUGAGCAAGAACACGGCACAAAAUGCUGAAAUCAUCAAAUGGAUGAAAACGUGCUACCAAGAAUUGACGUUGCUGAGGAAAGAGAGGAUUCAAGCAGCUGAAAAGAUUGCAUCAGUCCCAAUAAUUGACAGCUCUUGGACUCAAACCUAUGGUUUUCCACUGAACACCGUUUUGGGAUAUAAAGAGUGCUCCUCCCUGUUGGAAAGGGAUAAAAGCAAACUUGAGAGUUUGAUCCAGGCGGUAGAAAGUAACAUUUCUGGUUCCACCAUCAACAUACUCACAACGCGAGCUUUGAAGUUUUUAUUGAGAGACGAGGUCUUGCAAACUCUUGUGCUGACCAAGCCGAAGAAAUCAAUCAUUCAGCAAAACUUGGUGAAGACCAAAUUCAAGGGCACGUCCCUCUACAAAACCAUCAAAGCUGCGGUUGAGAGAAAAUCAAGAGCAAGCGGAAUCAACAACUUUAGUGAAGACGUUGUUGAUAAAGCAAUUACAGCUCACCUCUCUGGCGCAUUUUUCCGACUCAACGCAACCAAUGGCUCCAGUGAAACUGGAGGCGUCGAGAAGACUGGUGCGAUUGCUGAGAAGGCCGCCACUGAAACUGCAGGACCAGGAGAGAUCCUCUCUCUGGAGGGAAUUUGUGAGUCCCCCCAAGUAACCGAAGAGGAAAGACAAGUUAUUGAUGUAACUCAAUACGACGGUGUCUUCUCCCAGCAAAGCUUCGGAAGUGCUGAAGAAGACGACUGCGAAGAGACUGAUCCUAGUUUCAGCCCGACAAAUAGCAAUGAAUUUUAACAACGCGAGG